AUGCUUUAUCACACUCAAAACUCCUCUUCCAACGGGACCGGAGUGGAUGCCACCAGCGAGGGACACUGCGCGGACCUGAUCAUGGGCAUCCUGGUCUGGGCCAUCUUCUCUUCUCUCUUCUCCAUCCUGGGCUGCCCCGCCUGCGCCUCUGUCCUCUGGGAGCUGCUGCAGAGACACAGGGCAGGCGCACCCUUCACCCCCAACGACAUCUUCAUGCUCAACCUCACCUGCAUGGACUUUGUUUUUCUGCUUUUCAUCCCCACAGGCUGCUGCAACUACCUCCUCUGGCACUUUAAGAUAUUCCAAGUGGCCACAGAUUUUCUCACGGCCCUUAACUUGUCCGGGAGACCUCUUCUGACCGCUUGCAUCUGCUUUGACUGCUACCUCGCCGUGGUGCGCCCGGUCUUCUACAGGACGCACAACACCCCAACUCCGCGCGUAGUCGUUUGUGCCAUAGUUUGGGGUCUCACUCUCACCCAGGGCGCUCUCUCCACCAUCAUCGACGAGUUCUUUCACAGUCCUUGGGCCAUGUCGGUCUAUAUCGUAGCACUCCCCGUCAUACUCACAUGCAACGUCUCCAUCCUCUGCGCGCUCAGGUCCACGUUCCCGGGCAAGGCGCAGAUCCACCCCAAGAAGAAGAAGGCCCUCCAGAUCAUCACGAACAGCAUGGUGAUGACGUGUGUGGCCUACGUGCCCCCGGUGUUAGGGUACAUCCUGGGAGGACUCGUCACCAGCGAUGACCAUGAGUACGAGUGUCUGGUGGCGAUCCCCAUCCUGGUCGCUCCAGCCGCAGGGAGCGCGGUCAUGCCCCUGCUGUACCUGGGGAACCUGGGGAAACUGCCCCAGUGA